AUGAACAGUGCCAAAGUACAAUCAUAUAUAGACAAUGGUUGUUUUUUUAAAAAUUGUACAUUCGAAUUAGAGUAUCCCCAAAAUCUUUUUGGUAUAAUAGACACACACGAAUUCAAUGAAACCGUCACAACACUCAAUAGCAAAAUAUCAUCCAAAAUUCCUGGUACAUUUUUCAUAUUUUUAAUACCAAUUUUUAUAGGGAUUUUAGUUAUGAUUGGGGGAAUGGGAAGCUAUUUAUUAUGGUUUGGCGUUGUCAUCACUUCAGUCAGUAGUCUUUCCUUAUUAAUAAAUAUAUUAUUUUUCCAUGGUGUAAUUGAAGAAAAAAUAAUUGAAGAAUUAAGAAGUGUUAAUAAAUAUUUUAAAGACAGAGAGGUUACUUGGGGUUUAGAAAGUGAAAUUAUUUAUACACCGGUGGAUCCAUUUAAUUUAGAAUUUAAUGUCAAUAAAGAGUUUUUAAAAUCAUUAGAGUUUGACGAAAGAGGCUUCCCAUACCAUACUACCAAGGUCAUGUAUUUAUUAAUUACUUUUCCAGCCAUAGAAAACCCGCAACUAGUCAAUAAUAUUAAUAUUAUCGAUAUUCAAGAAAAUUAUGAAUUUCAGCCACAAUCACAAUUCCAAAUAUCUCAAUCACAAUCACAAUCACAACUACCAUAUGGUAAUAGUUUAAGUUUUAGUAGUUUAAAUAAUAGUAGUACUACAAACCUUUCAAUUUCGAUGAGUAAUAUUAUAAACUAA